ACACAUUUAGUCCGAAAAUUUUAGAUUCGGACACGGAACUUCCUUCAGUUUGUACGUUGAUACAUAAGAGUUUUAUUAAUUACGAGAUGUAUGAAAUAUUGAAAAUUAUUUUAUACAUAUUAUAAUUCGUCGUACGAAUUUAAUAAUAUAAUAAUAAUUGUGUAUUCGGAGAUUUUAUUAUAACGAACGAUUAUUACUACGUGGGAUACUCCAAUGACCAAAAAUAAAAAGUUGUUCCUGCAUGCAGUGCACUGUGUCUGCAAUCUUCCCGAUAAUAUUGCACAAUAUUUUUUAUUACUUUGCUGUAUUGCAUAAAGUAUAUAAGACAUAAAUGGCUGCUUAUAUCAAUCGUACAAUAUCUUUAAUUGGUGGAGAGAGUCAACUCCGAUCUACAGAUAUUAGAACUGAUCAUUCUCCUCUACAGAUUUUUGUUAAAGCAAAGAAGAAAAUAAAUGACAUAUUUAUUGAAAUAGAUGACUAUGUUCAGGAUACAGUGGCAUUUAUGAAAUCAUUGCAAAAUGAUCGUAAGAUCAUUACUUUGGAGGAAGUAUCAAGAGUCCAAAAUUAUGUAGACAAAGUUCAUGCAAUACGAGAUGUCCUUAAAAGAGAUCACAUGAAAGUUGCAUUUUUUGGAAGAACGAGUAAUGGGAAAAGUACAGUUAUAAAUGCUAUGUUAAGAGAUAAAAUAUUACCAAGUGGAAUAGGGCACACAACAAAUUGCUUUUUACAAGUAGAAGGAUCAGAUAGCGGAGAAGCUUAUCUUAUUACUGAAGGAUCUACAGAAAAACAACCAGUUCAAUCUGUUGGACAAUUGGGUCAUGCUCUUUGCAAAGAGAAAUUAUGUGAAAGUCAUUUAGUUAGAAUAUUUUGGCCAAAAGAGAAAUGUCUUUUAUUAAGAGAUGACGUAGUCUUUGUUGAUAGUCCUGGAGUUGAUGUUACACCUAAUUUAGAUGAAUGGAUUGAUAAACAUUGUUUAGAUGCAGAUGUAUUUGUUUUGGUUGCUAAUGCUGAGUCUACUUUGAUGGUCACUGAGAAAAAUUUUUUUCAUAAAGUAUCUACUAAGUUAUCAAAACCAAAUAUAUUUAUUUUGAACAAUCGUUGGGACGCAUCUGCUUCUGAACCAGAAUUCUUUGAUCAGCUGGUCAAAGAACAGAAAGAGGUCAGAGCUCAGCAUCAAGAACGUGCUGUGGACUUUUUGUCAAAAGAAUUAAAGGUUUAUUCACCAAAAGAUGCAGAAGAACGUGUAUUUUUUAUUUCUGCCAAAGAAACUCUUCAAGCUCGUAUGCAAGAACAACGUGGUCAACCUGCUCAUAAUGGUGCAUUAGCGGAAGGCUUUCAGAAUCGUUAUUUUGAAUUUCAAGAUUUUGAAAGAAAAUUUGAAGAGUGUAUUUCUAAAUCUGCCGUUAAAACAAAGUUCGAACAACAUUCUCAACGUGGUAAACAUAUAGCCACAGAAAUUCGUCAAACUUUGGAUGAAAUAUUGGAGAGAACACAAGCAAUGCGAGGUGAACAAUUAAAUGUUAAAAAGGAAGUUCAUGACAGAUUAAAUUUCACAGAACAACAAUUAAUAUUAUUAACUCAAGAAAUGAAAGAUAAAAUUCAUCAUAUGGUAGAAGACGUUGAACAAAGAGUUGCCAAAGCUUUAAAUGAAGAAAUUCGUCGAUUAGCCGUUCUCGUUGAUGAAUUUAGUGUACCAUUUCAUACAGAGCCAUUGGUAUUGAACGUAUAUAAACGUGAAUUACAUACACACGUGGAAAAUGGUUUAGGUUCCAAUUUACGGGCACGUUUAAGUACAGCCUUAGCAUUGAAUAUGGAAAAUUCACAGCGUGAAAUGACAGAGAGAAUGGCAGGUUUAUUGGCGGAUAAUAAAAAACAAAUGUCUUUAAAUAUUUUACCUAGACGUGAACCAUUUGAAAUAUUGUACAGAUUGAAUUGCGAUAAUCUUUGUGCGGAUUUCCAUGAGGAUUUAGAAUUUCGAUUUUCAUGGGGUUUAACGUCUAUUAUUAAUAGAUUUGCUGGGAAACAAAGUCAUAAAUUAACCAUUGCUAAUUAUCCACAAGAGAUACCACCAUCUAUAGCAUCGCCAACAGAUAGCAUUGAUUCUAUUAAAUUUGUAUCAAAUACACCAAAUUUUUCGACAAAUUCCGACGAUUGGUCAUUAGCAACAAGAAUUGCCGUAGCAUCAAUAACAUCUCAAGGCACUAUGGGUGGCCUAAUUAUUGCUGGCUUUAUGUUGAAGACUAUUGGAUGGAGGCUUAUAGCAGUAACUGGUGCAAUUUAUGGUGCUUUAUAUCUUUAUGAACGAUUAACAUGGACUAAUAAAGCGAAAGAAUCUGAAUUUAAACGACAAUACGUUGCACAUGCAACUAAGAAAUUAAGAUUGAUCGUAGAUCUUACAUCUGCAAAUUGUAGCCAUCAAGUUCAACAGGAGCUUUCUAGUACAUUUGCACGUUUAUGCCAUUUAGUCGAUGAAACAACAUCUGAGAUGGAUGCCGAACUUAAGACUAUUGCCUGUAUGGUCCGAAUUCUAGAAGAAGCUGCAUCUAAUGCUAAAGUUUUACGAAAUAAGGCGAAUUAUUUAGCCAACGAGUUGGAUUUGUUUGAUGCAGCUUAUUUAAAAUCACUGAAUUAAAAUAAUAGGGAAGAAAAUGAAAAAAAAAAAAAAAGAAGAAGAAGAAGAAGAAAAUUCAUUUUAUAGUAGAGUACAACGUAGAAAUAUUGUGUCAUUGUAUCAUCACACGUUCUUGAACAUAUA